GGACGUGGCUAUUUAGUUCCUAAGCCGGCCGGAAAUGGACGUGCGUCACUAGCGUACGGCCUAGAGAAAGCGUCGUACGGAAAACGGCAGCGUGGCCUCUCUCAGGUUUCUCUCUGUAUAUACUAAAGAAGUUAUGUGUUAUCAAAACGUGAAAUUAAUCUGCAUAUGUAAAACGUAAAAAAGAUGUCUGGUAAUUUAGAAGCAGUAUCAGCUUUUUCUGUAUAUUCAGCAAAACGGAAAAAUAUAGAACAGCCAUUAAAGUCCAAAAAGAAAAAAUUAAAACAUUUUUCACAAAAAAUUACAGUAUCUAAUCAAAAGAACGUCAAACAGAAGAAUAAUAAUCAAAUACUAAAAGGACAAAAGAUUAAAAAUAAAUGUACUUUGAAUGUUGCUGUGAAAACAAAACAUGGUAAUAUUACAAAAAAGGGUAAUUUAAAAAUCUUCAAAAACAAUAUCUUGGGUGAUAAAGCACACGUGAAAUUUUUACAACUAAAUGAGAAAAAAAAACUGAAGCAGAUAAAUAAUGUCCGAAAAUGUGUAUAUAAAGAAUUAAAAUUAAAAGGAGCAAUGAUAGAAAAAGAGAAAAAUAAAAAUUUUAGCAAGGGAGAAACUACAGAAACAGAAAACGUUGAGAAACAAGAUGAUGACAACAGUUUAAAUGAUGCAAAUAAUAGUGUAAAUAUAGAAUAUUUUAGCGAUUCUAAUCCUAUUGUAAACAGUCAAAAAUUAUUUAAAUGGCUGAUAUAUCCUUUGAAGAUAGAAAAUUUUUUCAAAGAAAAUUGGGAGAAGACUCCACUGCAUAUAAAAAGAAACAAACCUAAGUAUUACAAAAAUCUCAUGUCAACACCUAUGCUAGAUAAAAUAUUGAGAGAAAAACAUAUUUUGUUUAGCAAAAAUAUCGAUAUUACUUCCUAUUCUAAUGGAGUAAGAGAGACUCACAAUCCUGAGGGCACAAUUCGUGCAUUUCCAAGUGUUGUUUGGGAUUAUUAUCUGAAUGAUUGCUCUGUGAGAAUGUUAAAUCCUCAAACGUUUAUACCACAGUUACAUGCGCUGAAUGCUACACUUCAGGAAUUCUUUGGCUGUUUUGUUGGUGCCAAUUCAUAUCUUACACCACCCAAUAGUCAAGGUUUUGCGCCUCAUUAUGACGACAUAGAAGCAUUUAUAUUGCAAAUUGAAGGUAAAAAAAGGUGGAGACUGUACAUGCCUCCUAACGAGAAUGAAUAUUUGCCGAGAUAUUCCUCUAAGAAUUUUAAUCAAUUGGAGAUUGGAGAACCUAUACUGGAUACAAUCGUUGAAGCUGGGGACUUGGUAUACUUACCACGAGGAACUAUACACCAAGGAGAGACUAUUGAUGAUACUCACAGUUUGCAUGUUACAUUAAGUGUAUAUCAAAAGAACAGUUGGUGUGACUUACUCGAGAAACUACUUCCGCAAGCGCUAAAGAGAGCGACCGAAGUUGACAGCCGUUUCCGAGAGGGAUUACCUUUGGAUUAUUUAAGAUAUACCGGAAUUGUAUAUAACACAAACGUCAAGAAAAGUAUUUUCAAAAAAAAGAUUAAAAAUUUGAUUAACCACUUAAUAGAUUACAUCGAUGUAGAUGACGCGGCCGAUUUAAUGGCUAAAGGUCACAUUCACGAUUUUCUGCCUCCUUUUCUCACCAAAAAUGAACAGAAAUGUUCAGUAGUGGAAAACGGCGAAAUCAUGGUUGACAAUGGGGUUGUUAAAAAUUACACAGAAAUAACAGCCAAUACAAGGAUACGAUUAUUAAGAACACAUUGUAUCAGGUUGAUAAAAGAAGAUGAUACGUUUAUGAUUUAUUAUUCUACUGAUAAUUCUAAAGAAUACCAUGAAAUGGAAAUACAAUCUCUAGAAGUUGAUGAAUCAAUUAUGCCUGGAAUUUCAAAAUUAGUAACAUCUUAUCCAAACUUUAUACGUGUUGGCGAAUUACCGAUUGGAGACGAAGACGUUAAGAUUGCGGUUGUGAAAGAUCUUUGGGAGAAAAAUCUAAUUAUAACGGAAGUUCCUCUAUGUUCUACAGAUUCUAUUCUGCAUCUUCAAAAAGAGAAAUAGUAGAAGUCGAAAUAAAAAAUACAUUACAAUUUCUAAA